AUGGGAUUGUCUGUGUCGCGACUGCUCUCUGGCCUGUUUGGCAAGAAGGAAAUGCGUAUUUUGAUGGUCGGAUUGGAUGCCGCCGGUAAGACGACCAUCCUCUAUAAGCUCAAGUUGGGUGAGAUUGUCACUACGAUCCCCACCAUCGGUUUCAAUGUCGAAACGGUCGAGUACAAGAACAUCUCGUUCACCGUGUGGGAUGUUGGUGGUCAGGACAAGAUCCGCCCUCUUUGGCGCCACUACUUCCAGAACACGCAGGGUAUCAUUUUCGUGGUCGACUCAAACGAUCGUGAGCGUAUUCCCGAGGCGCGUGAGGAACUGCAGCGCAUGCUCAAUGAGGAUGAGCUCCGUGACGCGCUUCUGCUCGUUUUUGCCAACAAGCAGGACUUGCCGAACGCUAUGAACGCUGCGGAGAUUACCGAUAAGCUUGGUUUGCACAGCCUCAGGCAGCGCCAGUGGUUUAUCCAGGCUACUUGUGCGACUAGCGGUGAUGGUCUUUACGAGGGUCUCGAGUGGCUGAGCACCAACCUGAAGCGCCGCGCAUAA